AUGUCUUCCACAACAAUCCCAACAGCGCAGGCCUACAAUAUGGUUUGCAUUGGGUUUGGGGCUUCUGCACUAUCUCUGGCCAUUGCUCUCAAAGAGAGGCAUGCACUUGGCGGUACCAUCUUUCUUGAACAGCAACCUCAACUUAGCUGGAAACCAUGUCACAGUCUUAUAUCUGCACGCAUGAAGACAUCAUUCUUGAACGACUUGGUGACGUCGGAGAACCCCCGUUCCAAGUUCACCUUCAUCAGCUACCUCCAUUCAACCAAUCAAUUGGUCGUCUACACAAAUUCUGGAAGGAUUACGCCUUCCCGGGCCAAGUUCGCAGACUACUUGAGGUGGUGUACAAAGCAAUUUGCACAGGAUAUCUCGUUUGGGAAGAGAGUAGUUCGGGUAACUCCAGUUCAACCUCAAGGUGAGCUGGUGGAAAGUUGGAAUGUUCUAUUCGAGGAUGUUUCGAGUGGCCAAAGAACCACGGUUACGACUCGUCAGGUCGUAUGCGCGGCUGGACUACAACAAAAGCUCUCCAAUGCAUUGUCGAGCUCCUCUGUUCGGACAAAUGUAGUCCACUCUUCGGAUGCCCUAGAAGCAAUAGCGACUGUGAUGAAAGGCAGAAAGGCAAACCGCCGGUUUGCUGUUGUCGGGGAUGGAAACCAAGCAGCUGAAGUCUUCAACCAUUUGCAUGGAAUUCAUGGUGAUCAUGAAGUGCAUUGGUUCACACAACAAUCAAGCUUCAGAGGAGGCAAUGAAACUUCAUUACUAAUUUCGUCAAUUCAAAGCGGGAUUGGCGAAAUGUCUAGUUCAAAUGGCGUCCCACAUGAGUUCAGGGGGAAAACAAUUACGGGGCAGGAGACUGAAAAGCCUCUUCCUCGUCAGCUACUGACAGACAUAUAUGAGUUCCUGUAUGAUCAGAGUGUUAAACAGCCAGACCCGGCAAAGUGUAGAUUUCAGGUCAGGUAUAGUACUGACAUUCUCGAUUGCAAACCCCAAAACGAGGGUAGGGUCGAAAUGAUGGUCCAGGAAGGAGGAAACCGCAGCCCCAAAUCUUAUACCGAUGUCUAUGAUCUUAUCAUCUCGGCGACUGGGUAUGGCACCAGUGAACACCAAAGGAUUUUGAAACCACUGAGGAAUCUCAUUGAUGGACAAAGGAUUACCGUUGGGAUAGACUACCAGGUGAAUUUCCGGUCGAGCUUAAAGAAGAGGAGCACUGGUGUCUGGCUUUUACAUUCGCCCAUCGACACAGACGAGAUCGACGACUCUAUGUACCAGAUUCUCGCUCAGCGCAGUGCACGUGUAGCGCAGUCACUACUACUCCAACGGAAGUUUUCUGAAGAAGAGACACUGGACGAGGAUAGACUAGCUCGACUUUAG